AUGGCACUGCCUGUGUCAACAAAAGGCAUUGAAGGACCGGAGGCUUUGGAUGAGCUUCUGUCUUCACUUCAGGUGCCAGAACCGCUCUGCACUGCAUUGAAAGGCACGGGAAUCCAGUCCAUACCCGACUUCGCCUUUGCUUACAACGAGGUUGCUGAGCUCAGCCGCUUCUGCGACGCAUCGGCAUAUGCUCAGCUCUGGCAAGAUCUGGGCAUUGAUGAGCCGGAGCAUAGCCCAGCCAUGGCCCGCCUUCGCAGAGCCUGGCAUAGAUGCAAAGCCCUGGCACAGGCAGCUGAGGCACCGGCGUCUUCCACUGACGUCAGCACCGCACCGCAGCUGCCGCUUAACCGUUGGGCGGAGCACGCACCACCCCGCUUGGACGCGGCAACGAUCGCACAGCUGACCAAAGACUUCCAGUCCAACUAUCCAGGUGAACACCUGGAUGGUGACGCAAUGCCCAGCGUGAGACUGCUCAGCAUUGUGCACAAGUGGUUUUCUCCGGGAGGCAGCAUCGCAUGGAUUCCCUGGCAAUUGCGACUCUCGCAGAAGCAAUACCAGGAGAUUAUAGAAAGCAAAACAACAAAGACGCUCCGCACAGAGGCACAGUUUUUAAGCACCGCACUGUAUGAUGAAACACCGGAACUCCCGGUCGAUCAUCUUCGCCUCAGCCCCGCAUGGUUGGGACGAAUACAAACAGUCUUCCGCAAUGCAAUAGCACUGUGCAAGGGAGCGCACCUUGCACGGCUGAAGGCUUUUGACAAAAAGGUGCUGGACCUUGCAACGCACUCGCCAGCAGACGCAUCGAAAUUGCAGCACUGCACAGCACAGGAUGGCAAAGGAAAAGACGGUAAGGGGGGCGGCAACACCAAGAACGGCACGCAGCCUGGCAAACGCAAAGAGCCCGGCACCGGAGCCGCCAUCAUCGUGAAGUGGGCGGGUGGCCGUUGCCGGGACG